AUGAAAUUACCAUCAUCACCUUUAAUUGUCUAUUUUAUUGUUUAUUCUAUUUUAUUUUUAUUAUCAAUCAUUUUACAUUUUCUUUUACUUUCAUAUAUUUCUUCACCAUUAUGUCGUACUUAUCUGAUUGAUUUUUGUAUAACAUGUAUUUUAUUUUUUAUUGGUAAUCAUAUUUUUUCAUCGAACAAUAUAUAUGAUCUUCAUUGGCCUUUAGUUCCAUUAAUUUGUUCAUUGUAUUUUAAUUUUACAUUAAAUUCAAUUGAAUUUUUUCCAUUUAAAUGUCUUCCACUUAUUAUUCUUAUAUCUUUAUGGUCAUUUCACUUAAUAUGGCAAACAAUAUUUUCAUCAAAUAAUAUUAACAAUGAAGAUCGGCGUUAUCAAAUGAUGCGAAAACGAUAUGAGAAUAAUUUUAUAUUGUUUGCAUUUUUUGCUUUACAUUUAUUACCAAUGUUUGAAGUAUUAAUUGGUUCAUCAUCCAUAUAUUACAUCUAUAAUAAUAUUCAUAUAUAUGAAAGUUUGACAAUAAUGGAUAUUUUAUUAUUGUUAAUUAUUUUUUCCGGUGUUUUAUUAGAAAAUAUUGCUGAUAAGCAAUUAGCAGCAUUUCGACGUCAUAAAAAAACAUCAAGGGAACAUAGAUUUGCUGUUUUAUCAAGUGGCCUUUGGAAAUAUAGUCGUCAUCCAAAUUAUCUCGGUGAAAUAAUAUUUUGGUGGGGUUUAUUCUUUCUUGGCUAUGCUUAUAAUGCACCAUUGUGGUGUGGACUAGGCCCAUUACUUAUUACAUUAAUGAUGAUAUUUGGAUCAAUUCCAAUAAGUGAAGAACAUUUAUUUCGUACAUAUCCUGAUUAUAAAUUUGUCCAAAAACAAGUAUCAAUGUUAAUUCCAACAUUUGGUUUUUGA